CUUUUGCCCGUGUGGGGCCCGCUCGGCCCCGCUGCCCGGUGCUGUGCCGCCCGGUGCCGGACACCGCUGCCCGCCGGUACCGGCCGAUACCCUCAGCAGCUGCGUCCUCUCUAUGGCCCAAGCUGCUGUCGCUCGGCAACGCGCCCUCUCUAUGGUCCGGCGGGCGGGAUGUGGCGGCUGCUGCUGGGCCGCGGCCUGAGCCGGUGCUGGCCGCCCCCCGCCCGCCCUGCCUGCGCCGCUCCCCCGCCGGACGGCCCCGAGCGGGCGGCCGGCUGUGAGGAUGGACGGCCCCGGGACGGUCGGGAGCGAGGAGGAAGGCGGCAGACCCUGCCCGGCCUGGUGCCCCGGUACUCCGUGCUGGAGGCAGUCACCUGGGGGGCACUGGGUGCGCUGCUCCUGCAGCUGCUCAGGCAGAUCGCAUGGCUGAGGUCCCUGCCGGACGCCAGGAGAGAGCACAGGGCUCUGCGGCUGCCCUCGCAACACACAGUGGUGACUGAAGCCUCAACCAGCUGUUCCACUGAGCAGCUGGGGUCCUGCUUCCUGCAGAAAGCAAGUCCAGAGGUUGUACCCGAGAAUGCAUCCUCAGGCAUCCCCUCAGGGCAAGGAGAGAGCCAGCCCUGGGCUGAAGUAGCAGGAGAGUUCCACAUACCUGAGAGCUCCAGUCUGGGGCCAGUUCUCCACUGUGCAAAGGGUGACCCAGCCCAGCGAGGGCAUUUGGAGGAAGCUGCUUUCCAGUUGCAGCAGAUUUUCCGGAUUGACAUUUCCAUUGCAUUGAAUAUCCUCGGGAUUGAAAGCAUGAGAGCUGGCCAUUACAGGAUAGCCUAUACCUGCUUCAAACUGGCAGCAGAUCGAGGCUACAGCAAAGCCCAGUUCAAUGUGGGUCUGUGUUACGAGCAUGGCAGAGGCACGGAAAAGGACUUGGAAAAGGCAGCUUUAUAUUACUACCAUGCAGCCAGCAGCCGUCACCCCAUGGCACAGUACCGCUACGCAAGAUGCCUCUUAUGCCACAGACCUGAAAAUGAGUGGGACAGGCAUCAGAAGGCAGUGACUUUCCUGGAGCAAGCAGCAAUGGCUGGCAUUACAGAGGCACAGGCUUAUCUCGGAGUAUUCUACAUGAGGGGGCUGCAACCUAAGGAAAAGAGAGGUCUGAAGUACCUGCUGCUGGCAGCAAAGAACGGUGAUGCCCAAAGCAGAUACCAUGUGGGUGUUUGCUAUGAGAAGGGCCUUGGAGUGCAGCAGAACCUGGCGGAAGCAAUGAGACACUACCAGCAGUCAGCUGCUGCAGGGAACAGGAGCGCUCAGGAGAGACUUCGAGUGUUACAAGAGGAGGUGGAAGAUGUGCAAACAAAGCAUCCGUUCCCUUCUGGAAUGAGAGCCUCUUCCUCUAGCCCCAGUUUCUGGGCUGUUGAGCCUAUGCAUGUAGGCCACUACACCACCCAGCCAAGACAAUCUGCCCUAACCCUGCCCCACUCGUGGAGCGCAGACGGACUCCACAUGAUGAUGCUCAGUGGUACAGGAUGGAGCCGUGCCCUCGGAAACAGGGCAAGGCCACUGGAAUUGCAGUGCUUGGAGCCCAACCACUGCUGUUACUAGUGCAGUAGCCACCAAGCUGCCUACAGAACAGGAGCAUCAUCUUCCAGUCCAAGGCUCUUCCCACGUGCCGACAGCUGCCGCAGAAGCCCCGAGCCUGUUUCAUUGUGGACUUGGACCUUCUGGGACAAAAUCAUUUCAAAGAGGGUGCUCAUUUCUGAAAGGAAGGUGCUGGCCAGCCUUGUCCCAGCAGCAUUCGAGUCAGCACCAGCACCUUUGCCAAAGGUCUCAAAGGUCCUUGGUUUCUCCUGCCUUGCAGCUUCCUCAUCCUGAGGUGAAUGCAGAGAGUCAGGGGAGAAGACGUUGUCCUUGUAACUGCUGGUGAGUGGCAAGGAGAGCCGAGCCACCCAUGCUGGGUCAGCAGCCGUCAGCCUCUUGAGGGCCAGCUCUGCAGGGAGUGAGAACAAGAACUGCUGGUGAGACGUAGACUAGAGGAGACCAUGGGAAAAAGGGGUGGGAAUAAUAAUGCAAAAUAAGGAGACUUCCUGAAAUCAGCUGUGGGAAGACUGAUUGUGAACAGGUCUAGAGAUAAGCUACCAGCAGCAUCGUUCAAACCAGCAGCUAAAAAAACCCAAACCAACCAGAGUUGGUUUCUAUCUACUGGAUUUUUGUUUUGUUUUUUAAAUAUAAUAACCAUUAGGAUUA